GGCAAUGUAAGAGUAGCUUGAUUGAACCUUGCACCAAGCCAAAACAUCCUGUCUUGCAUUGCAUAACACCCGAUCUACCAUGGGCUCGAAUGCAGCACCAGCACCAGCACCAGCGGCAACUCCGGUGAAAGAUAGUGAGGGGAAAACCAAACCACUCCAAAGGGCCAAACCUGCGCAUGAAAAACGAACAUGGCCCGAAGACUAUGAUCGAGAUGCGCCAGAGGGUUUUGCCUUGUCGUUCGGACGGUGGAUGACGCGGAUAUGGAACAACUGGACCUAUUCGUACAUGAAUGUCGUCCUGAGCAAGGGCGCCGCCAUUAAUGGAGCGUCGGCGAAACAGAAACACAACAGAAACAGCAAUGAGCCAAACACAAACAUCGCCGAAGACAGCCACGACCCAUCAUCAUCUUCCGAUACAGACAAAAACGAUGACGAUGGCGCUGUUGAAGACAUACACCUCACUUCGGAUGAUCUGUGGCCCGUGCCUCGAAAGAUGCAAUCCACGAGGUUGGUGAACAUGUUUGAAUCCAAUUGGAAAAACGCAUCUCGCACUCGUACUUCUCCGAAUGCAACCACUACCAAGCGCCAGCUCAUGAAGACACUGUGGAAGAUUGCAACACCAACAUUUCUCCCAGCUGGAAUCUUUCAGUUUGUCUCCACGGUUCUGGUGUCGGUCAUGCCCCUCGUGGUCCGCCGCUUCUUGUCCAUUCUCGAGAAGGAAACCACCGACGGUUCCAGCAUCCUAAGAGAGGGCCUCAGCUGGGCGAUUCUGCUGACGGUCAUGACCCUUCUCAAUGGAUUCGCCACACAGCGCUAUCGUCACCAAUCUGUCAAGACGGGGAUUGCCCUCCGGAGUGCGGUUGUCAACAUGGUCUACCGGCACGUCCUGAUGCUGUCCCCGAGGGGAAAACGCGGCCUGACAUCAGGGGAAAUCAACAACUUGGUGGCGGUGGACGCCCAAAAACUCUACGAGGUUACCCAGGAAGGUCAUUUGAUCUGGGCUCUACCCCUCAGUGUAGUACUUGUCACGUGGUUUUUGUGUCUGGUGAUGGGGCCCUCCACGCUCGUGGGCGUGGUGGUGCUGGUGGGGUUCCUCCCGCUCAUCAAGCUGGUGACGAAGCGCAUGACCGAGGCCCGUGCGCAGCGACUGAAGUACUCGGACGAUCGCGUCGAGAUCACCUGCUCGAUGCUUCUGGGGAUGCGAACAACAAAGCUCAACGGGUACGAGUCGAAGUACGAAGCGCGCAUCAAGGAGGCCCGUUCCAAGGAGCUCAGGUGGCUGGCUAAGGAGCAGGCCUGGUGGGCAACGACACUGCUGAUGACGGUCUCGUCACCCAUUCUAGCCAUGGCCUCUACGUUUGCCACGUACGUUUUGACGAGCACCGAGAGCGAGCCAAGGGUGCUAACGGCCGCUGACACCUUUGGUGUUCUCUUGUUGUUCGGUGCGCUCCGGUUUCCCAUCAAUUUUGCAGGCUUACUGAUCGGAAGCGCGGCGCAGGCCCUGAGCGCCACGCGAAGGAUCUGCGCCUUUUUGGACCGGCCUCUCCGGGAGGGCGGAAGCAGAGGGGAAGAGCAAGAUCCUACAGGCUCUCUCAGGUUGCUCGAGAGCGACGGCGACAAAGACAACAAAGACAUCCCGCUGAUUUUGACCAAUGGCCGGUUUCGCGUAGGAGUUGCUCCGGAAGAUCUCACCGAGAGCAGCAGCAUCGUUAAUGACAACGAAACCGAUAGUAAUGUCGACAACAAUAGUGAUGCAGCGGCUAUCAAGAAUAUUACUGACCAAAGCACCAGCCUCGGAGAAAACUACAACAACAACAUCGAGAAUGGAAACCGCGACAAUCUUUCAUUCACGGUCAGCGAGUUCAAUUUCGAGUUGCGGAGGGGAGAAGUUAUGGUAGUGUGCGGUCCGGUAGGAUCUGGAAAAUCGACCCUGCUGAACGGAAUUCUAGACGAGGCCGAAGCACUCGGACCAAACUGGUCGGAAUCAGCAACUGCAUCCACCUACUCUACGCCCAUGGUGCAAAAGAACGGUCGAAUAUCCUAUGCACCUCAGGAUCCCUUCAUCUUGAACUUGUCGCUGCGUGAAAACAUUCUGUUUGGUUCCGACUUUGAUGUGGAGCGAUACAACAGGGUCCUCGAUGCGUGCGCCUUGCGUCCAGACAUCGAGCAAUUGGGUGGAUCCGACCUGGUCCAAAUCGGAGAACGCGGUGUCACACUGAGCGGGGGGCAGCGCCAGCGGGUAUCGCUUGCACGGGCGGCUUACAAGCAACCGGACUCGUCCUGCAUCCUUCUGGACGAUCCUUUUUCGGCACUGGACUCCGGAACUGGAAAGAUUGUCUUCGAGCAAUUGAUUGCAGGGCCGGAUGCGUUACUCAGGGACUCGGCGGUCUUGCUGGUCACCCACGCCUCCCACUUUAUCAGCCACCGGGCCGUCGACAAGGUCUUGCUGAUGGUGAACGGCCGCAACGAAUUCCUGGGAACCUGGGAGGAAUUGACCCAUUUCAAUGACGAGGAGCAUGACGAUCAGACACGGCGGGCUGUUGAUCACAUUCAAUCACAGAUUCGUGAAAACACCGAUGGUCACAACCACGAAUCAACAGCCACCAAAGAGGGUGAUUCAUCUUCAUCGAAUCUUGACAAUAAAAAUGGUAAAAGUAGCCAUCACUUCCAACAACAGCCAGAAGAGUCGUCCUCGAUCAACGACAACAAGAUCAUGCAGCAGGAACUUCGCGAACACGGCCUGUCAAGCAUGAAGACCUGGAUCCUAUGGUUUAAGCGAGCCGGAGGAGCUUGGUUCGGGAUGACCAUUUUCUUCUUUUUAUUUCUUGACCGGUUUGCCUACGUUGCUGUUGAAUGGUUCCUGGCCAGCUGGACUUCCGGUGCAUAUGAGCCCGUCACCAUUCUCGGCGUCGACUUCGAUGCUCAGUCGGACGGGCUACAAGCACAGGCACAAUAUCUCAAGGUAUUUGCAAGCAUCAUUCUGGUUUCGCUCUUAGCAACCGCGGUCCGAUCCGAAUUUGCCGUUACCGGAGGAGUCCGUGCCACCAAGAAUGUUUUCAAUAGCAUGCUGGAAAGCGUACUGAGCGCCCCCAUGUCGUAUUUCGAAACCGUUCCAAUGGGUCGGAUCCUGAAUAGAUUUACCUACGACACGGACGUCAACGACGUGACGCUGACACAAAAGAUCUCGAUGUUCAUUAUCAGUUGCAGCUGGUAUGUUGCCAGCAUUGCAGUCCAAGUCGCCAUUAUUCCAUGGUCAGCCCUGGCGUUGUUCCCCGUAAGCAUGUUGUACCUGCUGUUUAUGCAUUAUUAUCGCCUGACCGGGCCGGAUCUACAACGCAUCGAUGCACUGAGCCGUUCGCCGAUUCAAUCCAUGAUUUCGGAGUGCUUGGAAGGAUCCACCAGCAUUCGAAUCUUCCAUCAAAAAGUGAAUUUUGUACGCAAGUUCGAAGAGAUCGUCGACGUCAACAGCAGUGCCCUGCUGAACUACAUCUCGGUGCAACGGUGGUUGAGUCUGCGAAUGGAAAUCCUUGGCUCCGUCGUGGUAAUGAUCGCCACUGUUCUCCUUGUGUGUCUCAACGAAACAAUGCGUUUGAGUGCGGGUCUGGCCGGGCUUUUGAUCACCUGGAGCGCAAACUUUACGAUUACGCUCAAUUUUUUGGUCCAAACCUUUUCGGAAACCGAAGCCGCCAUCACCGCCAUCGAACGCGUCGACGCCAUGGCCGAUUUGCCGUCGGAGAAGUCAAGAGAGACCGCAAAGGAAUUUCUCCCUCCGACGAGCUGGCCCGAACAGGGACUCCUGGAGUUCAAGAAUGUAUCCCUCCGGUAUCGAGAGGGACUGCCCCUGGCCCUUGACAAUUUGUCUUUUGCGAUCCCGGCCGGGAAGACGUGCGGAAUCGUUGGACGAACCGGUGCGGUACGUUUGCUUUGAGGAGUGCUGUGUGCCGUGUGCUCUGUACCCUAUGUCCUUUUGUAUUGUCUGUUUGCCUUGUACCCCUAUUCGAAGAACGUUGCGCUGCAAUUUUGGCGGAACAACUCAUGCCAUCUCUAUCGACCAUUUCGUUUCAUACACCGUUGCAGGGUAAAUCUAGCAUAACGGUGGCACUCUUUCGACUGGUGGAGGUGGAAUCGGGAAGCAUGCUUUUGGAUGAUGUGGAUCUCACCACCCUGGGGUUGUCGGAUGUCCGGGGUCGGGGAAUGUCCAUCAUCCCGCAAGAUCCGUUUCUGGCGGGGGCCAAUCUCCGGGAAUGCCUCGAUCCGUUCGGCCAGCGAACGGACGACGAAAUCAUGGAGGCCCUGGAAUCGGUUCGGAUGGGCCGCAGCAGCUACAGCGGUGUGGCACCGCCGAGCGUCGAGGUGGUCCUGUCCACAAAACUGGAGGAGGGCGGGAGCAACUACAGCGUCGGCGAACGCCAGCUCCUCAACCUCGCAAGGGCUCUCUUGUCCCAGCCAAAGGUCCUGGUCCUGGACGAGGCCACGGCCUCGAUCGAUGGGGAGACGGACGCCUUUAUCCAGAAAAUGCUCCGGACGCGGUUCCCCAACACGACCCUCGUCACGAUUGCCCACCGGCUGAACACCAUCAUGGACUACGACUACGUCCUAGUGAUGGAUGCCGGCAAGGCAGCCGAGUUCGACGCCCCGGCAAAGCUUCUGGGCGGCGGCGACGGCGACGAGAAGGGUAUUUUUUCGCAGCUGGUGGACGCCACGGGCGCCGAAAGCAGCAAGGCGCUGCGGCAGAUGGCCAAGGAGUCGUGGGAAUCUAAGAAUGCACUGCAAUAGAACUCCGGAGGCAACCGCGUAAGAAAUAAAAUGGAAGCUGUUGGAUAACCAAAAAUAGAAUAUACUAUUAUGAUGGGUAUCCUCUGCAUUAUUUUUCCUGGUAGAAUCGAAUGGCUGUAGUUGAGGGAGAUUCCUCCUUUGGAAACGUCGUCAACCAGAAGAAUGGCUGAGUCUUGGGGAAAUUUUCGUCGAAGCUUCUCAACAAUGGGAGUAAAUUCGUUGUGCUAUCUUUCCUUGGGAUCACAAGGUGUGCUCUCAUGGCCUAGAAUCUUGGUUUGUGCGAGUGCUUCCCACCCUGUCACCUGUCCAGGCAGUCUUCCUCUAUCAAUGCAUAGCUAUUUUGAAAAAGAUAGCUUCGCGAUACAGUACAAGGGAUCAGGUUCGAAUUCGUCGAGUUCUCGAAGCGCUAGCAGCUGCAAGACUUUCGGGGGACCGUGGCAGCACUAUUUCGGUCCCCCCACAGGUCUUGCUGCCAGUGCACCUCACAUUGUUGUACUUGGCGGGUCGCAUAUCGUGGAGGGAUGCCUCUCGGCGGGCAAGGGCCCGCGGUCCUCCCGCUCCCCACCCCUAAUCAAUGGGUGCCUGGCGCGAUUUCGUUCCGUUCUCGCGUCAUUCAGACUAGGAAUUGUAUCGCAUCGCAUCGUAUUGUGUGGCACUGACCGCCACGAAUCUUCCGGGAGACUCGGGGGGACGGGAUCGAUCGCCCACCAUCUGUGUCGGCUUGUCGAGAACGACGGCACCCGUGGGUUGGAUCGUCAAGGCGUCAUAAGGCCUCCGCGCGAACAAGUCUCGGUUUGCCACCCAAGGCAUUCUUCCUUACCUUGCCUUACAUUCGACAGCGAGCGACCGAAUCCAUCCAUUCAUCGUCGGAAUGGUUGGAGGUCCAUCGCACCAUCGAAGGGCAGGGAACGCGAGGCGGAUCAUUCGUCCAUCGCCGCAAUCCUCAAGGAGAAUUCCAUUCUCUCAUAGCCAGCCACUGGUUGUUCUUUGUUCGCUCGCGAAAUAUUGACGAUCUGGGAAAGGAGAAGAGAACAGUUCGAUGCCCGGCCAUUGGAAGGUUCGUUGCGGUUCGUCGUGGUGCUGGCCUUUGUCCAUUCGGUUGCGGCACGAGAACGGGAAAGGAGCGGAAGGCCGGGGCUUUGUGCCGAACAAAGAGGUUUUGAUGGAAGUUAGGGGGGGGAGGGAACUUCGGCACCACACACUACCCUUUUCUGGAUCGAUUUGUACGGUACGAUUCAGAGAAGGGUAAAGUGUAGUUCCGCACAAUGCGACGCGACUCGACGCGAUACUACGAGUGCGAUACGCGUAUUGGUAUCCCCAGAGAAGAGCGGCGGCAGAUGAUUUGUGCGUGUGGUUGUGAACCAACUGAUACCACAGGCAUACGAGCAACGUACCUUACCGAAGUAUUGUACUUUGUUCCUUGUGUUUUUAAGUAUUUCGCCCCUUGGUGUGACGAUUGUUUGGUCCGGGUCUUGUUCCGCACAUCACAAGCGACGGCUGCAACCAGUGAUUUCCAUCGAGAUCUCAUAGACAUCCCACAAUAGAAUCCUAUUUCCAUC